AUGAUAAUCACGAUUCUUCCUCUGGUACCGAAGUCGGAAACUCCACCUACUUUCCUGAAGUCAUUUUCACACCUCCAGAGACCUACGAACUCUUCCACGGAGUGCGAGGGGAAACGUUUUCGGACAAAAGAGGAGCAGGAGCGACAACGUCGACUACUGGACGCUGUUGUCCAAAAGCCUCAAGAUGUGUUGCACAGAGCAGAUGUCAGUGAAGAAAAUCGGCGUCCGGAGCAGCGUGAGCCGCAGUUCCCCAACGUUAAAGGGGAAGAGGAGGGGAGAGCGCCGCCGGACAUUAAAGAGGAAGAACAGGAGGCCGAUAUCACCAAUUUUCCAUUGACCGAUGUCAUUGUCAAGAGUGAAGAUGACGAUGAAGGUGACGGCGACCGCUGUGGAGACAGCCUCUUACCUCCGCUGUCAGACAGCGACGACUUGACGUCACACUCUUCUGACACUGAUGACGAUGAGCACUCGAAAGAUGUCAGUGAAGAAUGUCUUUGUGCUGAGCAGCACGAGCCAGAGUCCCCCGACAUUAAAGAGGAGGAAGAAGAGCACCCCGACAUCAAAGAGGAAGUCGAGCCGGAGCCCGUUAACGUUAAACUGGAAGAGCGGGAGGACGUUAUCGAGUUUGGAUUGACUGGUGUCCGUUUGAAGAGCGAUGACGAAGGGGAAUGUCAAAGUGAGGAGAACGAAGCGGCGGAGCCUCCUAGCGGCAGCUCAAGUGAACGCGUGACAAUAGAAGGUGAUGGAGACCGCUGUGGAUUCCGAGCAGACGACCUCUCAGCUCCGCUGUCAGACCGUGACGCCACAACGACGUCUACCGACACUGAUGAAGAGGAACAUUCGAAAGGCGCUGUGGCUCGUCUCGCUCACGACAAACGCUGGAAAUGUUCUCAGUGUGGGAAAACGUUUGAUGUCAAGUAUAAUUUGAAGGUGCACAUGAGAAUGCACACUGGAGAGAAGCCAUUUGUCUGCUCGGUUUGUGGUAAAAGCUUUUCGGUAAAGAUUAGCUUAAUAAGGCACGCAAGAACACACACUGGAGAGAAACCUUUCAUCUGUUCAGUUUGUGGCAAACGCUUUUCUGUAAAUACAACCUUGAAAGUACACAGAAGCACACACACUGGAGAGAAACCUUGCGCCUGCUCAGUGUGUGGUAAAAGAUUCACUGACAAGGGACAAUUAGGAAGACACGCAAGAAUACACACUGGAUCGGCACGUUUGGCCUGCUCAGUUUGUGGUAAAACAUUUUCUCAGAGGGGAUAUUUGAAAACGCACCAAAUAAUUCACACUGGGGCGAAACCUUUUGUCUGUUCAAUCUGUGGUAAAAGCUUCUCGAUAAAGGGAAGUUUAAUAAGGCACACAAAAACGCACACAGGAGAGAAACCUUUUGCUUGUUCAGCUUGCGGUAAAAGAUUCGCGCUCAAGGCCCAUUUGAGAACACACUCAAGAACACACACUGGGGAAAAGCCUUUUGCCUGCUCGGUUUGUGGUAAAAGAUUCACUGAGAAGGGACAAUUGGGAACACAUGCAAAAACGCAUACUGGGGAGGGAACUUAUGUCUGUUCCAUUUGUGGUAAAAGUUUCUCGAUGAAGGGACAUUUGAGAACACACACGAGAACUCAUUUGGGGGAGAAACCUUUUAUCUGCUCAUUUUGCGGUAAAAGCUUCUUGACGAAGGGAAGUUUGAUUCGGCACAUACGAACGCACACUGGAGAGAAGCCUUUUGCCUGCUCGGUUUGCGGUAAAAGAUUCACUGACAAGGGACACUUGGGAACACAUGAGAGAAUCCACUCUGGAGACAAACCUUUUCCCUGCUCACUUUGUGGCAAAACAUUCUCUACAAAGGGACAUUUAGCAAGACACACAACAACACACACUGGGGAGAAACCUUUUGCUUGUUUAAUUUGUGGUAAAAGGUUUGCGCAGAAAGUACAUUUGGAAACACACGCAAGGACACACACCGGGAGAAACGGUUUGCUUACUCAGUGUGCAACUUAGCGCUUAAUCAAUCACACAGAAUUGGUUCAACGCACCAAAAAUAUACUCUGGGGAGAAACCGUUUUCAGCAAAGAGGCUGUUUGACAAGACGUAAGAAUGCACACUGGUUAGAAACCAUUCAGUUGCAGUGUGCCAUGUGCGAUAAAAGAUUCUUUUCUAAGGAUCCGGUUAAGAGACACAAGUGUGCUGUGAGGAUAACAGCAACGAAUAAUGUUUGAGAUCAUCUGUGAAGAAAAUGACUCUGUGUUCAAAUGGACGUCUACAUGGAAUCCUGAAUCAAAACAAAGUCUUUAAACACUGACAGGGUUCAGUAUGUUUCUCAAUUUUUUGGGCACAGCACUACACGAACCACGCUACAUUGAUUUACAAGUUUAGUUUGUCAU